AUGGAGAGGGCGAGCCCGGCGGCGGGCAAGCUGAACGCCGGCGGCCACGGGGCGGGCGAUGGGCACGGCCCCACCGGCGGUGCCCAGCCGCGGGCGGCGGCGGCGGGCAUCGCCGAGCCGGAGGAGCUCAUCGGACGGGCGCUGGAUUUCAAGAGCGAAGGGGCGCAGUGCUACAAGGACAAGAAAUUCCGGGAGGCCAUCGGCAAGUACCACCGCGCCCUGCUGGAGCUGAAGGCGCUGCUGCUGCUGCUGAGCCAGGAGCCGGCCGGGCAGCGCCCUCCCGCCGCCGCCGCCGCGGCGGGGCUGAGCGAGGAGCAGCGGCAGGCGGUGGAGGCCAUCGAGGUUGACUGCUACAACAGCCUGGCAGCCUGCCUGCUCCAGGCCGAGCUGGUGAAUUAUGAGCGGGUCAAGGAGUACUGCCUCAAAGUGCUGCAGAAGGAAGGCGAGAACUUCAAGGCACUCUAUCGAUCAGGAGUGGCAUUUUACCACCUGGGUGACUUCAACAAGGCCCUCUACUACCUGAAAGAAGCAAGAUCCCGCCAGCCAACAGAUACCAAUGUCAUACGAUACAUCCAGCUGACAGAGAUGAAGCUCAGCAGAUGUUCCCAGAGAGAGAAGGAAACCUUGUGAAAAUGAAGCCACUUCAGCUGAAGUGCUCAAGGGGGGGAACAUUUCCUUCCUAGAAGCUCAUUUGGUGGAUUUUCCCAUUUGCUCUGCCUCAUCCUCAUCUCCUCAUCCAUCCACUCUCCCUUGCUCUUCAUUGAAUACCAGUUUUGAAAUGAAAGAGACUUGGACGCUGGAUAUGGCUGCUUGCCAACCAUGGUAAUACCCUUUCCCCAUGGCAAAAGAGCACAACAACUACAGCCAGCCUUGUUCCCAGACAGUGUCACACACCUGGAGAAGGCAAUGCUGGGGGACCUGCCUGGUCCUGAACUGACUGCCUGUUACCUAUUAGGGAAGCAACCCCCAGAACAACGACUUCCUGACCAGGCAAGUUGGAGACAGAGGGUUUCUGCUCUGAGUGAUCACUGGAGCUUGGAAGAGCUAAGAAACCAAGAGAGCCACUGGUCAUUCCACAGGGAACAGCAAAUGCCUUUUUACCAUCAGUUCCCUCUGCCUGCUUCUCCAGUGUGUGUUUUUGGGUCUCCAGUGAGAGCUCACAUGCUCCCAGUCUAAUGUCAGUGAAAACUGUUUCUAAACAUCCUCUUGAUGAAAGCACAGAGCACCCUAUGAACCCCCUGCAGAGCUGUCCUGGUGCCGGAGGAGAAGGCUGUGGGCCACCACAGAGCGCUGAAUGGACUGUGAAAGCAUGGUGUACAGUGUGAGGGAAAAACUGUGAAAUAAUUCAUUAAAGGCAAAUAAAAAUUAUUCAUAGGCAACAA